AUGGCCAUAAACAUUGUGGUCAAACCUGUCAAGCAAGAUGUGCAGUUCCGGCACUUCUACAGGGUGAAUAGCCAGAUACUUCUCCAUACGGACUUUGGUUUGGCUAAAGAGGUCGUGAAUAUUGAUUCGUAUAAUAUGUCUAAAGCUAAACAUACGGCUGAUGUGGGAAAUGUAGACUAUAUGGCACCGGAAGCCGAGGACAAUGAUUACAAUCAUUUGAUAGAUAUCUACAGUCUAUCUCUAAUCGGGGCUCAAAUAUUUGGUUUCGAUACAUACGAUAUAAUUGAAGGAAAGCAAACCAAUGUCCGUAUGGAGAAGUAUCUGGCUAUUCACCCUAUUUGA